AUGGCUCAAUGCGUGCUCAAUUAUAGUGCUCUGGUAGGUCCGGAUGCUCAGAAACUUUCAGAAAAUGCUCAUUUUUCUUUCAGUUCAACUACAACGGCUAUGGAUGUUGGUGUGGUUUUGGAGGCUCCGGAGCCGUGGUUGAUGGCAUCGAUCAGUGUUGUAAAGAGCAUGAUGAAUGCUAUGGACGGUCCGUGUCCGAGGAUGUGAGUUUUCAAUACAAAAUUUGACGUCUAGAAUCGCUCCGACACUUGAAAAGUGCGCCAAGAAUUGACGCACUUUCGGUGCUUGAAAUCUCGUUUUUUUUUCAGAUUUGCGGAACCCUAUCCCCCUACAUCAAAGGCUACAACUGGGAAUGUGAAAACUCCAGCGCCAUUUGUCCAAGUACGGUUUUUUUCGCCUGUAAUUUUCCCUUCAACACCCAAAUUUCAGCGACAGAGAACGGAUGCAAGGCGUUUCUGUGUGAUUGUGACAAAAAAGUUGUGGAAUGCUGGCAAAAGUUUCCGAAACCGGAGAGCAAGACGAAGUGCCCGAAAUCGAAUAAAAUUGACAUGUGA